AUGAAGUGGUUUGCCGGCUCGGUUAGCACAGCAGUCCAGGUUUCGCGUAAGAACAAUGCACUUUUCAUUGUUUUCAUCGAAAGCGAGAAUGCAAAAGGCGAGAAGAUGCGUGAACUUUGGGAUAAAGUAAAUCCAACUCCAGUGUUACCUGCAUCGUACAUUAUCGACAAUUUGGGUAAACCGAUCGAAGUGAUAACCCUUCUUAAGGACCUUAGUUUUGAUGAGUUCUUCACAAAGGUCGUAAACUCUGUAAAGAUCUUCUCUGCAUCUACAAAGUCAAGUCAGAAGAAUGAAGGUUCUUCUCAAGCGGUUGCUAGUUCUUCACUUGAUAAGGCCCCACUAGCGUCUAACUCUACAUCACCAUCUUCAUCUGCUGGGAUGUCCUUAGAAGAAAAAACUAAAAGGGCAAAGCUUUUGUUGGAGCAAAAGUCUGCUAUCGAAAAAGCAAGGAAGCAAGAGGAGGAGAAGAAGCGAGAGCUGGAGCGGAUCAAUACAGGAAAACUUUUGCAGGAGGCACAGAAAAAGCGCCGCGAACAGGAACUUAUUGAGGCUGCGGCUCAGCGUCGACGUGAUAAGAUUGAGGCAGAACGGGAGCGCGAAAGACUCAAAGCCCAAAUUAAAGCUGACAGGGAAGAACGUGAAUUUCGAGAACGCCGUGGUAUUCCCGUAGCUGACAAAACUCCGUUGGCAGAAACUACUAUGCCGAAGUUAGAACCAGUUGCAAGUGACAGAUGUCGUGUCCAAGUCCGUUUACCUAAUGGCGAAAACAUUGUGGAAGAGUUCCUAUCGAGCGAUUUCCUUUGUACUUUGAAGGAGUCAAUAGAACAGGAUGGUCGUGUGAGCGGGUCGUUUUCCUUAGCUCAAAUGUUCCCACGCAAGGUAUUCACUGACGAUGAGCUUCAAAAGUCGUUUGUCGAUCUUUGUUUAAUGCCAACGUGCACUCUGCUCGUUAUUCAGUCCCCGAACAAGACUUCGCACAGACUUAUCUCGGCUACUCCACUUGUUGGCAUUUUCUCUCUGUUCUCCUUAGUAGUUAUUGCACCACUACAAAGUAUCUACAGUAUUGUUGCAGGCUGGCUAGGAUGGCGUCGUGGUGAAAUUUUGCUACUUUGUCGACUUGAGAAUAACAGAAGUUGUCUUGCUCACAUUCUUUCAAAUACUGUAGUGAUCAAGGAUGUUCUAGGCAAUGGUUCAACUUCGAGAACUCACCCGAGGCAAACCCAGAAUGAUGCGGUUAAGAUCCAACGCGAGCCACGUGCAGAGGGAGCAACCAUACAGAGGAUUGAAGAAGACUCGACUGAAGACUACGAGCUGCUUGUCGAAGGACUGAAAACCUGUGCCGAAUUCGCCUCAGUUGCUCAAGCAAGAAGAACGAAUCGCAUCUCCAUCACUACUAAGGGGUUGCUCGAAAAUGGAAGGAAACUGGAGAUACUACUGGAACACGUUUAA